AAUCGGCUUUGCGAUGACUGUCUCACAGCAUUCGGUGUCGGUUUCCAGUGGAAGGAAGGUCGCACAUACACUUGAUCCGAGCCAUGACCAUCACUCUGUACAAUAUAAUAGGGAGUCCGCCCUGCAACUUUGUACGCGCACUCGCCAAGCAUUUGGGCAUUGAGUUGAAGCUCAAGAACUUGGACUACGCCAACAAGGAGCAGUUCAGCGACGAAUACCUCAAGAUCAAUCCAUUCCACAAAGUUCCAGCGAUUGAUGAUGAAGGUUUUGUGGUCUAUGAAAGCAAUGCCAUUGCCUACUACUUGCUCCGCAAGUACGCCCCCAAUUCGGAGCUCUACCCGGCCUGUAUCAAGACUCGCACCCGGAUCGACCAAAUUCUCUCAGCAGCUGUGACUACAAUCCACAGUGAAUCGGCCGUGUUCAUCCGUCCUCGAGUCUAUGAGAAGACCAAGCCGACGACUGAGGAGAUUACGGCAUUUGAACAGAAUGUCCUCAGAGGACUGGAACACCUGAUCGGUGACGGCAAGUUCGCGGUCGGCGACAAUUUCACCCUCGCCGAUAUCUCCUUGACCGCACGCCUCAUCGUACCCCUUGAGAGCAAGUUCGUUGACCCUUCCAAGUUUCCCAAGCUCGCAAGCUACUACGACCGAGUCAAGCACGAGCAGCCUUACUUUGACGAAAUUUACAAGCCAGCCAUAAUCAACUUCAAGAAGAUGUUCAAUAACCUAAAAUAGCUUUGGAAGUGCUCAUAAAA